UCUCACUCGUCACUCCCUCGCUUCCUCGUUUCGGCAUGGAGCCCAAACCCUCGCCGCCGCCGACCGCCACGCCGCGCGCGCGCGGGGUGGCGACCAAGCGCAAGGAGAGGGUCGCAUCCGCGGCACUCCCCGCGUCCCCACCGCCGAAGCGCCAGGCCUGGGAGCGCGCCCGCGUCGACCCGCCGCCCCUCCCGCCUCCGCCGCCGCCGCCGCCUUCACCGCGCAGCCGCCCUGCCGCCAGCAAGUCGCGGCGCAAGCCCGCUCGGAAGAAAGCGCCGCGCCGCUCCGUGAAUCCGCCGCGCGAGCAGCAGGAGGAGGAGGAGGAGGAGGCGCAGGCGCCGUCGCCGUCGCCGUCGCCGUCGCCGCCCAGGGCGUCGCUUGAGCAGGAGAUCGAGGCCGUCCUGUCCCGCGGCGCCGGCGUCCACGUGGUCCCCACCUUCGCCGGAUGGUUUUCAUGGAAGGAAAUUCACCCAAUUGAGAAGCAAAUGUUGGCUACAUUUUUUGAUGGGAAAUCAGAGAGAAGGACACCCGAGAUAUACUUGGGAAUUAGGAAUUCAAUCAUGAGAAAAUUUCACUUUAAUCCUGAAGUGCAUCUGGAGAAAACAGAUUUGUCUGAGUUGUCUAUUGGGGAGAUGGAUGCUCGUCUGGAAAUCUUGGAGUUCCUGGCUCACUGGGGCUUGGUUAAUUUCCAUCCUUGUCCACCAGUUGCACAGGACUGCAAGCUAAUUGAGAGCAAAAGUAGUGCUGAUACAGCGGAGGAAAUUUCUCUGAUUGAGAAGCUAUUUCAGUUUGAAACAGUUCAUUCAUAUCUGGUACCUGUUUCAAAGAAAGCUGAAAUCAUAGCCCCAGUUCAGUUUACUAGCUUCCUUUCUCAGCCUAAACUAGCUGAAGAUGCGAUAACUGCAGCUGAGUCUUCUGUUGAGUAUCAUUGCAACUCCUGCUCAGUUGAUUGUUCCAGAAAGCGCUAUCAUUGUAGGACUCAGGUAGACUUUGAUUUGUGUUCUGAUUGCUACAAUGAAGGAAAGUUUGAUGAAGGCAUGUCAAAAGCUGAUUUCAUCCUUAUGGAAUAUGCAGAGGUUCCUGGCUCCGGUGGUUCUAACUGGACUGACCAGGAGACAUUGCUUCUUUUGGAAGCUUUGGAAAUUUUUAAAGGAAAAGAAUGGGAUGAGAUUGCUGAGCAUGUUGCUACAAAAACAAAAGAACAGUGCAUGCUGUACUUCCUCCAGAUGCCAAUUUUCGAUUCCUUUCUAGAUGGUGAAGAUAUCAAUGAAACACCUCAGAAGAUCACAGAACAGGAUUCAGCAGAAACUGGCACUUUGGGUGUACCUGAGGAUAUGGAUGUAGGUGACAAUGCAGAAGGAAAAGAGAGCGCUGAUGAAAACACUUGCAAGAAAGCAAAUGCUAAUUCUUCAGAAACCGGAACAAAAAUCGCUGACCAAAGUGUCUCUGCUAAAGUGAAUACCAUGAAUUUAGGUGAUAAUGAUCUUGUUUCAUCUUCCAUAGUUGAUGAAUCAAACAAAUCUUCAUUGAUGGAUCCUGCAAAUAAGAAAAAAUCUACUGAUGCUGAUGUAUCUGAGGAGCAGGCAUCCGACUUUGUUUCUGGUGUCCUGAGAUCUACUUUUGAAGCUGUUGGCCACUUUCCGGGUAAAGAUGACUUGGGUUCAUUUGCUGAAGCAGGAAAUUCUGUGAUGGCACUAGCUGGAUUUUUGGCUUCUCUUGUGGAACGUGAUGAUGCUGUUACUUCAUGUUGUAGUUCAUUGAGAGCUAUAUCAGCAAUUUCUCCUGCUCUCCAAUUGGCAACUGGGCACUGUUUUAUUCUUCCAGAUCCACCGAGUAACCUCAAAGAUCUGACUUCCAAUUACAGCUCUUGCACAGGCGGUGAGUGCCAAGGAGGCGCUGAUGGUACUCAAAAUGUAAAUGAUACUGAUAAAGAUAGCAGUAAAAGGGAAGAAAGUGCUUUAACUCUGGAAAAGGAGGAUGCCUCACCGAAGGAGUGUCUGGAAUUAUCCAACACAGAGGAGUCAUUUGUUGAAGGUCCCCAAGCAGAGGUCAAAUCCAACAGCACAAAGGAUCCGGAUAAUCCAACUGCUGCAUCUGAUAAGAUGAGAGAUGGGUGUAAUACCAUUCCUGGUUCUGCUGCUUCAAAUAAUACAAAUGAACCUGGUUCUGUAACUUCCCAAGAAGCCAGUGCAGCAAGUGCAAAUGCCACAACCAACCGUGAACAGUUAGAAGGGGAAAAAUUAAGUUCUAAAGAAUUGCCAGAUGAUGACUCACCUUCACAAGGGAGGGUAGUGCCAAAGGAGAUUGAAUGUGCACCUAUGGCCUCGUCUAGCAUGCAACAACACAAGUCUAACCAAACAGGAAGUGGCAACACUGAAGAACCUAACAGCAACAAAAACAUUGCUGCUGCUGCUGCUGAUCCCAUAAUAAGGCUACAGCGAGCUGCAGUUACUGCGAUUUCAGCAGCUGCAGUGAAGGCUAAGUUCUUCGUGGAGCAGGAGGAAGGUCAUAUCCGGCAACUAGCUGAACUUGUGAUCGAAAAGCAGUUUCAGAAGAUGGAAACUAAAAUGUCGUUUCUCGCUGAAGUUGAAAAUCUGGUCCUGCGAUCGAGAGAAUUGACAGAGAAAAUGCGUAAGAAGCUUUUGCUGGAGCGGAAUGCGAUAAUGGCUUCUCGAAUGGCUGCUGCUGCAUCCAGAAUAAACCAGCGUUGGGCUCCUGAGGCUCGACUGCCAGUAGCCCUGGUUCGGCAGCUGAGGCACCCUUGAACCCUAGAUGCUGUGCUGAUCCAACCUUCUAUCUAGAAGUAUAUAUAUGAUGUAGGGUGACUUUUCUAGUUGUACUAAUCCGCCUUGUAAAAAUCCAGUGGUACGGUGUGUAUGUAGCUUUUGGGUCAAGCAUGGGUUUGGUUAUAACCCCCCGUGCUCAGCUUGCUACCAUGUUAUGUUUAACUUAUAAGCUAGAAUUCGUGUAGAGAAAAAUGUAAUCUCAUUAGCACCAGUAACGUAUCAGAGUAGUUUAUGCUUCAUCCCA